AGGAAAAAGAGGGAAAGGGACAGACAGGAAGAAAAACAGACCGAGAGAGAUCAGUUUUGAGAUCCAGGAACUGCUUUGAGGAAAAGUGAAGGAGGAAAAGGGAAAGAAAAGGAAGACCCCCUCCCAAACAAAAUCUUUCUUUUCUUCUCUCUUUUCUGUCUUCUUUCUCCAUCUCUCCAUCUCCCUCUUCUUUCCUCUCUCUUUAUUCUCCCUCUCUCCUCUCCUCUCUUCCUCUGCUCCUUUCUCCUGCUUUAACAGAACUUAUGUGGCUGGGACGCAGGGCUCUCGGGUGUCAAAACUUUGAAGAUUAAUGGAUUACUUUGUUAAUGACUGCAGGCGUCAGACUGAGGUGCUUAAAUGAUUUGUGAGGUGCGAGGCGUCUUCCCGACAGUCCCAAACAAUGCGCGGAGUGUGCGGGGGAGGCAGAGGGCAGCCACUGGCGGGACCGACAGCAGGGCUUACACUCGCGCACAUUCACACACACACACACUCCCAGGCGCACACACUAGAUCCUUGCAGACCAGGAGGCACGCAGACACCCUCGCCCCCACGUACUCCGGGACAUCCCCACCCACACCAACAUAUAUGUAUUUUUGCUCUGAAAAAAGUGUAAAUAAAGCCUCGCUGGCCCCCAAUGAGGCGUUCCUUCCCGACUUUUUUGGAUCAAUCAAACAGACAGUGGCUUCUUUUGAUUAAAGCCCAAAUUGUCAUUGGGCAGAAGCAAUCAUGUGACAGCCAAUUCGGUCCAAUUUCAACCUUGUCUCCAUGAAUUCAAUAGUUUAAUAGUAGCGCGGUCCCCAUACGGCUGUAAUCAGUGAAUUAGAAAAAAAACACCCUAGCAGCGAUAUUCUAUGAUAGAUUUUUUUUCCUCUGCGCUCGCCUUUUUCCUAGGCCUUGCCCCCCCCAAAGCCCCUCCAAAAGAGGGAACUUUUUCUCUGAGGGGGCUCCAAGGAGAAGGCCAUGAAUUACGAAUUUGAGCGAGAGAUUGGUUUUAUCAAUAGCCAGCCGUCGCUCGCUGAGUGCCUGACAUCUUUUCCCCCUGUCGCUGAUACAUUUCAAAGUUCAUCAAUCAAGACCUCGACGCUUUCACACUCGACACUGAUUCUUCCUCCUUUUGAGCAGACCAUUCCCAGCCUGAACCCCGGCAGUCACCCUCGCCACGGCGCUGGCGGCCGACCCAAGCCGAGCCCCGCGGGCAGCCGCGGCAGCCCGGUGCCCGCCGGCGCCCUGCAGCCGCCCGAGUACCCCUGGAUGAAGGAGAAGAAGGCGGCCAAGAAAACCGCACUUCUGCCGGCCGCCGCCGCCGCCGCCGCAGCCACCGGCCCUGCUUGCCUCAGCCACAAAGAAUCCCUGGAAAUCGCCGAUGGCAGCGGCGGGGGAUCGCGGCGCCUGAGAACUGCUUACACCAACACACAGCUUCUAGAGCUGGAAAAAGAAUUUCAUUUCAACAAGUACCUUUGCAGACCCCGAAGGGUGGAGAUUGCAGCGCUGCUGGAUUUGACUGAGAGACAAGUGAAAGUGUGGUUUCAGAACCGGAGGAUGAAGCACAAGAGGCAGACCCAGUGCAAGGAAAACCAAAACAGCGAAGGGAAAUGUAAAAGCCUUGAGGACUCCGAGAAAAUAGAGGAGGACGAGGAAGAGAAGACGCUCUUUGAGCAAGCCCUUAGCGUCUCUGGGGCCCUUCUGGAGAGGGAAGGCUACACUUUUCAGCAAAAUGCCCUCUCUCAGCAGCAGGCUCCCAAUGGACACAAUGGCGACUCCCAAAGUUUCCCAGUCUCGCCUUUAACCAGCAAUGAGAAAAAUCUGAAACAUUUUCAGCACCAGUCACCCACUGUUCCCAACUGCUUGUCAACAAUGGGCCAGAACUGUGGAGCUGGCCUAAACAAUGACAGUCCUGAGGCCCUUGAGGUCCCCUCUUUGCAGGACUUUAACGUUUUCUCUACAGAUUCCUGCCUGCAGCUUUCAGAUGCAGUUUCACCCAGUUUGCCAGGUUCCCUCGACAGUCCCGUAGAUAUUUCAGCUGACAGCUUUGACUUUUUUACAGACACACUCACCACAAUCGACUUGCAGCAUCUGAAUUACUAAAAACAUUAAAGCAAAACAAAGCAUCACAAAACAAAAACCCCUUUGACCAGGUGGUUUUGCCUUCUUUUAUUCGGGAGUUUAUUUUUAUUUUCUCCUUGACCUACCCCUUCCCUCCUUUAAGUGUUGAGGAUUUUCUGUUUAGUGAUUCCCUGACCCAGUUUCAAACAGAGCCAUCUUUUACAGAUUAUUUUGGAGUUUUAGUUGUUUUAAACCUAACUCAACAACCCUUUAUGUGAUUCCUGAGAGCAAUAUGAGGGCUGCAAGAAAGUGAUCAUAUAAUUGUAUCUUCACUUUCUUUUUAUUUUUGUAUUACAUUAGGAUGCAUUGUCAUGCAUAUUUUUUGUAGAAUAAAUUCUCCUUUGCUAUAAGUAGCUUUCUUAUUUUUCUCCCCCUUUUUUCAGGCUCAUAACGGUUUCUUUUUCUUCUUUUAGUCUAACUUGGUAAAUAAAAUUCGUCACAAUUUAUCUUCUUUUUUCAAUUUUAAUACAUUUAUUAAGGCGGCAUGUUCAAAGUCUUCAAUGGACGGCAACAAACCAGAAAGCCAAAAAAUGACUAGGGCUUCUAAUAAGUGUUUUUUUUUUUUUCUUUUUUGCUUCUUCUUCUCCUCCUUCUUUUUAAAGGAUCUGAUUUUCAGUGCACAGGUUCAAGCCAUAGAUUUAAAUUGGUAACAGAGACAGAAUUGGACAGUCUAAGAUUUGGGCCAAGCCCAAGCUCUUGAAAGUGGAGAAAUAAAGUGCCUACAGAAACCUCCAACUCCAGGAAUGAGUAACAUGGAGUUUCUUUAAUAAGCUACCAGUCUCCAGGUCAAUAACUAAGUUAUCAACAAUUCAUUUAUUUACACACUUUUGUUUCAAACAUCCACAUUUCAACUCCCUCCCCCAUAAAGCCCUCCACAUUUUCAGUGUGGUUGAUUAAUCUCCCAGCUGUUGAUGGGUUCAGGCAAAACAGACCUAAAAGAUAGAGAAAAACAAAAAUAAAACAAAACAGUGAUUACUAUCUGGAAAAUGCACCCCAGAAAAUGUUCUUUCCAGCCCUCUGGUUCAGUCACUCUAGGAUUCUUUUUUUUUUUUUUCAGGGUCAGAAAAAUCAAUAUUUCAUUCUUAAACCUGUUUACAUUGCUAAUAAUGGAUCAUUAAUGCUUCGAAGUCAGGUUAGCAAGUUGAGAUUUAAAAUGGUGUGUUUCUACACCCUAGGUUAUAAAUUAACCCAGGUUCUAGAGAGAGAGAAAAGCACUUUAAAUGAAAUAUCAAUAAAAUGUGAUCUAGGGUGUGUCACUGGGUUGUUGCUUUUUCCCCCCCUCCCUUGUUAGGUCUCCCCAUGUUUAUUUUUCCCUUUCUGAGCUCUCUUCUGAUGCCUACUUACUUACCGUGAGAAAACGCAGCAUGUAAGCAACAUGUGUGUGGGGCGGGUUGAUUUAAGAACCUGGCUCUUAACAGCAAAGGCUUGAAAGUUCCAAUGACAACGCGAUGUUUCUUCAUAGGUUUGCUCCCUACCUUCCCUCGCCCCUUCCUCCGCUAAAUCCCAGCUGCGGCGGCGGAGUGUGGGGACUAUGGCUGGUUUCCGGCCCCAAGCUCAGCGCGGAGCAGGGCGUCCCAGCCGCGGCCAGGGCUGCGCAGCUCCUGGAUGCGAUUCGUCCUACGCUCAUAAAUCAAACGCUUUCUAUGAAUGAGAAUGUCAUCAAAGAGAUCAAUUGCAGGAACACAUGCACAAAUAAAAAUCCUCUUACGUUAUUUGCCGGGGAUCCCCGUCCGAAAGCAUUAAGUUAGAAGGCGUUUAGUCAUAAUUCAUUUUUAUUGCUCUUUUAAAACAACAGCUUGGCUGAGCCGCGGAUGCCAUGAACAGUUCAGGGCCUCGGCGGCGUUUUGUCUCCUCCUUAUUCCUUUCCUUUCUAGCAUAAGGGCCCUGAAAGAGGCGUUUUGAGCCAAGAGAACUGCUUGUAGGCGAUCAUUUUAAGCGUAACCAAGCUCGCCUUUCACCCAGUCUCCCAAGGCGUUGAAAGAGACCAGCUCCAGUCUUGGGGCGCUGACCUACUUGCCUAGAGGGCCAAGAAUCUCCUACUCGGUGGAACAGCCCCCAGAAUUUCUUGGGGGAGGGGUGUGGGGAAAGAACUGAGCUUCAGAAGCCUAAGGGCUAGAGGCCAGGGGAGGCUGCCUUUGUGUGCCGUUCCCGGAGAGCGGCGCUCUGGGCUGCCAGGCGAGGCAUAGCCAGCCCGGCUGCGAGCGCCCGGCCUGUGGGGAGCCGGGAACAGUAAGCGGAGGAGGGCGGCCGCCGGGCCUGUGUGUCUGCGGGCCUGUGUGCGAGUGCAAGCUCGUGAUCCCAAGAAAAACACGCCACCCAGGUUGCCCCAGAAAAAAGGCCAGGAGAGAAGAAGAGAGGCUGAGGGAGAGCAGCGCCGAGGCAGCGAACUAGCAGAGAGAGUGGCUCCUGCCGGGGUCGGCUUUGCGGCAGGCGCCCUGCAGCCGAGGGGGUCCUGCAAACCCAGGCUGAGGAGGGCAACCAAGGUACAGGAAUGAGACAGCGGGGGAAAAUUACCGACUUGCUCAGGCUUGGAGGGAGGAUUGCUCGCAUAGCCAACACCGACCUACUCACAUCCUGCCCCCUCUCCCAUAGGAGCUCCUUCUCUCCCCGCCGCUGGAAGCUGGCGCUCCCAAGGAAGCCGCCUCCAGGAGGACCGCCUUGCCUUUCCCCUUCUCCAGUCGGAGGAUUCACAGGAGCCGAAACUGGGGCAGGGGUGGCUGCCCAACCCCAGAAAGUGGGCCUUUCC